AUGCCUACUAUAGGAGAAAAGAAGUAUAGAGACAACACGAGCACUUUCAUAGACGACACAAGAAAUUUCAAAAGAAAAUCGAUUGACGAGCACGAUGAAUGUUCUUUUUUUGAAGAUUUACUCUACCUAAAUAAAGAGAGAGAAGAUUCUAAAAAUGCGCAAAACGAUAAUUUAUUUGUUAAUGUAGAACUUGGUUCAACUCGAACCAGCGCCAUAGGUCUCAACGCAGUGAAGAAUACCAGCUAUGCGGAGAGUAAUAUAAAAGAGUCGAGCAGUGCUAACAAUUACCAUAAUUGUGGCACCCCCGGUGAACUUAGCCUAGAGUCCCCCCUGAACGAAAUUCAAAGGUACCAGCUGACCCUACUGAAGAAGAGCAACCCUUCGUGUCCAAAAGCACCAAAGGUAUCCAUCGCCAGUGUUAACCACGAGGGAGAAGACCGAACUGAAGACAACACUGAUGAAAAAAAGCUCAAGGCAGCCAGAGAUGAAGCAAGAGUAGAUAUCUCUUUAAAGGAAAAUAUACAUCCUUUAAAGAACUCUACCCAAGGGAAAAUGCAAGAAAGGCACUUGCUGAUUAAACCGAGACGGAAUUACAAUGAACUGCAUGAAAGCCAAAUGGAUGAUUCGAACGCGAAUCAUGAAAAUGUGCACAUAUCGAAUGAGGAGAAAUGUGGUGGGAAGGACCCUCUGGUAAGAUGUAGCGAUUUCUCGAAUGGACAUCGUAUCCCAGCAUUUGUUGAUCUGAAAAAAGGGGAUAGGACUAACCAACCAAAUAGAGCAUUGCAGUAUGAAGGCGAAGAGAAAAAAAUUGUCAUGCGAAAUAAUGUGUCUGCGAAAGAGACCCUAAACAAUGGCUGCUUCCCCCAAGGGGCAACGCCCGCGUGGAAGGAUGAAGCUGUCGUAUGUAAAAAAUCGAGUAACCAAAUAGGUGAAAGGAAAAAUAAAGCAAUCCCCAACUCGAUGGGCGAACUUGCUUUUAAAAAAAGUAGUCUUAUGUGUAGGGAUAAUUUGUUUCAGAAUUACAGUUAUGCUGUGCGCGGGGGAAAUGCCAACAUGGAUGAGACCAGCGAUGCGCCUGAGCGGAAGAACCCAGCCGAGGGGUGCCCCGACCAGCGGAGAGGACCCACGCGUGACGCUCUGAACAAGUACCAACCGAUGGAUGACCAUUGCGUCAUUUACAAGAGAGAAAGACAUGGUGACAAAAAGAUGCCUGAAGAAGAUCACACGAACGAAGAGAUUCCCUCGAGUCAGUUUGGAAGAAAGGGUUCAAAUCGCUUCAACACCCAAGCGGAUGCUGACUUGUCUCCACUGCGUAGUAGCUAUGCUGAUACGAAUGAAGCAACCAGCUGCAGGAAGGAAAUAAAAAUUACACACAAGAACGACCCAGCCUACCCCAUGUUGCACAUUUCGAACAGAAGUGCCAUACAUGUGGGAAAGCAUGCUAAUGUAAAGGCAAAUGUGACCCUCAUAAAUCAUGAAAAAAGUAUAGCGUCUAACUUAAAAGUGCCAGACAGGCAUAUUCCCCCGCCCCACGAAAAAGAAGCAAAUAGCGUUGUGCGAAAUAAUACACCAAAUAAAGUCAAUAAUAAAAGUGUACCGAAAAAUUUAAAUGUCAGUUCGAAGAUAAAAAAUGAUAAAGCGGUGACGUAUCUCACGUAUGAAGAUAUUACCGAUUUUGAAUUCGAAGUGAACACAGAGACGAUGCAUGACAUGAUUGAGCAGUUGUUACAAAUUACUAAAGACCAGGAAUGGACAAAACAAAUUGAAAAUUUAAUUAACCUGAGAAAAAUUUUAAAAUAUUACCACAAAUUAUUUUUUGAUCAUCAUGCAAAAGAAGUGAGAAAAAUAACCAGGUCAAUAAUUGAGCUUCUAAAUAGCCCCCGAUCUUGUGUGUCCAAAAAUGCUUUACUAUGCUUGUCUGAGUUUUACUCCAUUGGCAAGAAGAGAAUGGAUUGUACAUUGGAUGAUGUUAUUCUCCCUUGUUUAAAAAAGGCCCACCAGACUUCCACAGACUUUCUGAGCAGUGCUGCGAAUAAUGCGCUUCUUUCCAUAUGCAACUCGUGUACGGAGAGCAAGCUUAUUUUGCAUUUUGUGAAGAUAAUUACCUCAAAGCAAAAAACGUACAACCUCAUAUGCCUCAAGUGUCUGAUCGCUGUCAUAAUAAAGUUUGAGGAUAAUAUUUCCAAGUUUAAGGAAAUUAAUAAGCUUAUUGAGGCCCUUGUGGAGUGUACCGCAGAGGGAAGUGCGGAGAUGAAGUGCACUGCCAGGGUGGCCUUGGUCGUUCUGGACAACAUAUGCCCAAUCAAGCAAAACGGCAGCAAGUUUCACAUUGCCGUGGAUAAAAUAAAAAAGAUCGAAGGCCUAACGGACCGAACGACCGAAAGCGAAAUCGACUCCGUGCUGGGGAAAAUCAAGUUCAGUUGA